AUUAUUCUCCACCAGAUUUUGAUUUUCCUGACAGUUUUGAUGAUCUACAAAAUAUUGACAAAGAAUGGAUCAUUAUAUUCAUUUUAAGAUUCCAAACCAGAUUUCGCUUAUCAGAUACAGCAACUGACACAUUAAUCAAAUUUGUUAAACAUGUUUUAACGGAACUGGAUCAUAAUGAUCAGUUUAAAGACUUUCUAACUUCUUUAUAUACUACAAGAAAGAAAUUGGGAUUGAAAUAUCAAUUCAUCACGUUUUCAGUGUGUCCUUCGUAUCAUAAGUUGUAUAAUAUAAAUGAUGUUGAACAACACACAAUUCAAGAGCAGAAAGCGAUAAAAAGAUGUAAUCAUAUACAAUUUCCAAAUCAUCACCAUCACUUUCUUUGA